AUGGUGAGUUUUUAGGGGAGAUGGGAUUUUGGGAGAGAAAAAUAACAUUGAAAAUUGUGAGCAUAAUUGAAAUUGCUCAAAAAGUUCUUUAAAAAUGGGUUUCUAGGUGGAUUUUCAGAGUUGUGCUAAAAAUCUACCUAAAAAUCUGGAAAUUGCUCACGUGACCUAUGACGUGGCAGUUAGGAAACAUUUUAAAUGAUUUUAGGAAUGCAAACUGGAUUUUUGCACGUUUAAACGUGAACUUUGAGCAUUUCCUGGAAAAAUUUUGGAUUUUCAGCCGGGAAAUCGAUAAUUUUCUAGCAUUUGAGCUUGCGAAUCUGUAUUUUCACGAGUUUGUGUAUUAAAAUCUUUAAACUAAUGAAUUUUGACUGAAAAUAUAUGAUUUAUUUUUCAAAUACAUUAAAGUUCAUCUUUUUCACCUAAUUUUCACCCAAAAAUCAUUCCAGCCACAAAAUGAGCACAUCGAAUUGCACAGAAAACGUCACGGACGUCGUCUGGAUUACGAAGAGCGUCUUCGUAAGAAACAAGCCAGAGCCGUCCACGAUAGAUCUCAGAUGGCGAAGAAAUUGAGAGGACACAAAGCGAAAUUGUAUCACAAAAAGAGAUAUUCAGAAAAAGUGGAAAUGCGAAAAUUAUUGAAACAACACGAGGAAAAAGAGCAAAAAAACACAGUAGAAAAGCCAGAUCAAGGUGCAGUUCCAGCUUAUUUACUCGACAGACAACAACAAACAACUGGAACUGUUCUAUCGAAUAUGAUUAAGCAGAAGAGAAAGCAAAAGGCUAGCAAAUUCAAUGUUCCGAUUCCACAAGUUCGUGCUGUUUCGGAUGCGGAAGCUUUUAAAGUGGUUAAGACUGGAAAAACUAAUCGAAAAGGAUGGAAGAGAAUGGUGACUAAGGUCACUUUUGUUGGCGAAAGUUUUACGAGAAAACCGGCUAAAUUUGAGAGAUUUAUUCGACCAAUGGGAUUGAGAUUCAAGAAGGUACGGGAGUUUUGUGGAAAAUUAUGAAUUUUGAGGGCCAAAAAUCGUGUUUUCAUGAUUUCUAGUUGAAAACAAGUUAAACAACUCUGAAAAUCUUCAAAAUUUCAGCCUAGAAAGGUCUGAAAAUCCUGAAAUUAUACAUUUUUUGAGUAAAAUUUCGAUUUUUUCAUGAUUUCUAGCUAAAAAAUGGUGAAAAUAUGAAUUUCUCGAUGUUUUUUAUCCUAAAUUUUUCAAAAUUUCAAGUAUAAGCUUCUAGAAAACUGGAAAAUUUAUGACAUUUUUGGACCAAAAAAUCGUGUUUUUCAAUGCUUUCUAGCUAAAAAUUGAUGAAAAUGUGAAAUUGUUCGUGAAAAAUGCAUAAGUUUCCAUAAUUUUUGGAUCAAAAAUCGUGUUUUUCAAUGAUUUCUAGCUAAAAAUUGAUGAAAAUAUGCAUUUUGCAAAGUUGUACACCUAAAAAUCCUCAAAAUUCUGGAAAUCUAGGCUGAAAUCAUGAUUUUCAAGCUGGAAAUUCAUUCCCAAAUUUUUCUGUUCUGGAAAAUUCAGAGUUUUGGUGAUUUGUAUCUUUAAAAUCUCAAAAUCUAUGCUGAAAUCCUGAAAUUUUGUGAAAAAUUCAAAUUUUUGCAGGCUCACGUAACCCAUCCCGAACUCCAAACCACAUUCCAUCUUCCAAUUGUCGGCGUCAAGAAAAAUCCAUCAAGUCAAAUGUACACUUCACUUGGAGUCAUCACAAAAGGAACGAUUAUUGAAGUGAAUGUUUCCGAAUUGGGAAUGGUGACACAGGGUGGAAAAGUGAGUUUUUUUUGAAGUUAAAAAUCUAAAAAUUAAAAAAAAAUCUUUUUUUUAAGUUAAAAAUCAUGAUUUUUGAGCUAGAAAACUUGAAAAUCUGGAAAUUUCACGUGUUUUCAGCCGAAAAAUUCACUAUUUUCCAGGUUGUUUGGGGAAAAUUCGCUCAAGUGACAAAUAAUCCGGAAAACGACGGUUGCAUCAAUGCUGUUCUUCUCAUCUAA